UUUGUUUCUUGUUGUUUAACUGUUAUGUCCAAAAAGCUAGACAUUCACAAUUUUUAAUGUGUCCCAAUUCUCUUAAAAGAGUUGUGUGUUGGGGACCCAUCAACGGCUCGUUGCAUUGCGACGCUCCUUAUGAAGUAAAAUAAAUUAUUCAGAGACUUGGUCUUAUAAUUAAUAAAGAAAAUAAAUCCGUUACACUAACACAAGUGUUCGGUCUUAUAAGAAUGCUGUAAAGAAUAAUUGUAGAUAAGAAACUUAGAAAAACAGUGGUAGGUGUGGGCCUGCCUCAUCGAAGGAGGUAUCAUUGUCAACUAUGAACAGACACUUUUUUCACUUUACUAUGCUCCUAUAGGCUUAUUAUGCAUUACAACCUUUAUUUUCAUCUCUUUCAUUGUUGUUCAACAACUCAAAAGAUGGCCUUCCUCUGUCAGAACAGAAAAAUCUGUUGUUAGAUCUUUUUCUUUGUCUCUGUCUGUCUUUCUCUUCAUGUAACAUGAGAUUUUAACUUGUUACCUUACUCUUUAAUCUAUAUGAGUGGACAUAAUUGGUGUUUAAACGGAGACAUGGCGCUUGCUCAUCGUACUAAGAAGGAAACAUCAAGAACUGGUUUCAAGAAACCAAGUAAAGGCGUGAUCCUUUCCGGAACUAGCCUUGCUUCUGUUGAAUCCUUAUCGGUCCCUCUCGUCCAAGAAGUUGUGCUCUCGGCGGAUAUGCAGUGCGUUGAAUGUCAAAAAAGAGUAGCUGAGUUUAUUUCAAGAAUGAAUGAUACAGAAUCUGUGUUAAUUAAUGUGCUGGAGAAGAAGGUAACUCUUACCUGUAGAUAUCCUGCUCUCAAACUCUCCACAGCUCAACUUGCUGGAAUUUACAGCAGUCCUCUCAAGAAGAUUGCCGUCGUCAAGCGGAUUUUUCGAUCUGUCUGCACUUGAAUACACUUCAAGAUUUUACAGCAUUGCCCUAUAAACGUAGUUGUGUAAUUAAAGGAGAUGUCAGGUUACAUCUAUGUACAUAUUUGUUUUAUAGUUGAUUCAAGAAAUAAGGAAGAAAAAUGAAAUAUCAAUGCAAGAGUUGUAUAAUACUAGAAUUUCUUUUUAAUUCUUUUUUUU